GGAAGAAGACACCGAAUGGCGGAGGAAUUCCUUGUUUACCAAAAACCCUGAGCCGUAGAAGCCUUCAGCUCUGAGGCCAGUCAGUGUCAAAACUAUCGAAGCUGGCAAAACGUACCGCUAAUGCUACGUUUGCACCCUGACGAGCCGGAAGUCGUUUCAAACGCCCGCAGUCAAAAAUGUUAGAUGACAACACCGCUGCACAGGAACCGGGUAAGCUCGCCGCUGGGGAUGGAGAGCAGGAUUUGGAUUUGGGUGAAUCAAAGGAGCAGGGGUUUAAACCGGUACCGCAGGUGAACGUGACCCCCUCGCUCAGGUUCCUGCAGGUUGAGCUGGAGCUGAACACCCACCUCCGCCGGCUCACCUUCGGCGAGCCCGUCCGGUACAUCUACAACCCGCUGGAGUACGCCUGGGACACGCACCGCUGCUACGUGGAGAAGUACUGUCGGGGCGGACAAAGGAUCCUGUUUUUGGGGAUGAACCCCGGACCUUUCGGCAUGGCACAGACUGGGGUCCCCUUUGGUGAAGUGAAGUCAGUGGUUGAUUGGCUGAAGAUCACAGGUGAGGUCGGUCAUCCUCAUGACGAGCAUCCAAAGCGACGGAUCACAGGACUGGCCUGUACUCAGAGUGAAGUGAGCGGUGCACGUUUUUGGGGCCUCUUCAGAAGGUUGUGUGGUGAACCAGUGCAGUUCUUCCGCCACUGCUUUGUGCACAACCUUUGCCCGCUGAUUUUCAUGAGUGCCAGCGGGAAGAAUUUAACCCCCCCUGAGCUGCCCGCAGCUGAGCGGGAGGCGCUCCUGCGCCUGUGUGACAUUGCACUGUGCCAGGCGGUGGAGGCACUGGGCGUCUCCAUGGUGAUCGGGGUUGGAAGGGUGGCAGAGCAGCGGGCGCGGCGAGCUCUCUCCGCUGCUGAUGUCAGUGUGCGAGUCGAGGGCAUCAUGCAUCCGUCGCCAAGGAACCCACUAGCCAAUAAGGGCUGGGAGGAAGUAGCCAAAGCCAAACUGGCAGAACUGGGUGUCAUGUCACUGCUGAACGAGAUAUGAGCUAAUCAGACCCAACUCCAGGCUCACAUUUUCCCUCACAUCAGUGAGUGUGUCUGUAUCUGAGCAAACAUUUCCAGCUUCGCUGACAACUGCAGCAAACCGCUCCGAGAAGAGCUUGAAGUACACUAAUGCUGUAAACACAUCUGCUCAGCAGCUGUAUAUUUUAUUCUACUGUAAACGUCUCUCUGUUCAUUUUGAGAUGGUUUUCUUCACACAUCAGUGGAUGGAGCAUGUAACAACUAAUGUCACUAUAAGGUGCUUUAUAUCCAAAGCAUAAACUCUGGGUGUUUGUUAUUCCUGUUUUUGUCAGGAAAACCCAUUGAUCAAACUUGUUAAAACGGUAUUUUGGGAAAAGGCCUAUACAUGAAAUGAGUAUGUGAGUAUGUUCAGCCUUGUCAAAGGCUGAUAUCAAAUCAAUGUCCACCAAAGUUGUUAUUUGCUUCUCAUUCAAAAUCACAAUUUUAAUUCAUUACUAGAAUUGGUGACAUUUGAUUGGUAUAGAAAAGGCCUCUAACCAUUACAAAGAGUAUUUUGUAAUAAUUCAGUUGUACAUAUUGUUUGUGCUAGACUUCUGCAGAGGACUAUUCUUUUGUAUUCUUUUUAAAGUUCUCCUUUUAAUUGUCAUGUAUUUUGAAAGUGUAUUUUAUUCAUUUACACACUUCGUUUUUUCCACAAUUUUACCAAUCCUGCAUAUUUCUGGGUUCUUGAAAUGCAGAGUUUCCGGUUAAAAUAGAUAGAGAAUAAUGACAUAAGAGAUAAUAUUCUGCCUCUGGCACUCCAAAGGUGAGGGCUUACUAACAACAAAGGCUGAUAUUUAGCAUGGUAAUAUGCUAACAUUUAGCAUGUUGCUGAAUCAUGCAAAAUGUUAGCAUGCUAAGUAAAGCUCCUGUCACGAAGUGAAGAGUUGGACAAGUGGAUAUUUUCACUUUUUGAUGAAAACAAGUCACAGUU